UUCAUGUCGCUUAGUGCCGCUAAAGGUCGCUGAUUUGAUGACGUGGUCCAAAUGGUCGGGAAAAGUGUCGGAGGUCGUGGAGAUUGACAGCACAUUAUAGUGGCGUUGCAGGCACCUAUGUGAGAGCGUUCUGGAGAUACCCCAUUUUUGGGCGUCUCGAGUUUUGUUUGUGGGCUCUACCCCCCCAUCGUAAGUCGGACUACUCUUUCCGCACCGUUGCAGUGCGGCUCGGUCUCCACCACAACCUUACUGCUCAUCCCACACAACACAUUAUUGCGUCUCUGCCUGGGCGACCAGCGGUGUGUUUAUGUCUUUGUUUUGCGAAAACGGUGAGUACCCGGACGAAAGGAGCGACGGAUGGGAAAGUGAAUGCGCCUCCUAUGUGGACCAAAGAUGGCGUCUUUCUCCCCCCGCGGACUGCUUCACUGUAUGACGCACUCUGCAGCACAUUGCACAAUUGAGGCCCGGUGUGCUUUUCUGUCUAACCCAUUUAUCAGCUACAUUACAUUCUUCCCCUCUCUUCUCAGAGCUGUUGCGCAGCUGUUGGAACCUGUGUGCAGGGAACUUAGCCUACAAGCGCGGCACUUGCAGCCUCAGUGGCAAGACCUUUUUCAUGUCCAAGCCCGAACCCGCUUCCAGUCGUUUAUGUCAUCCCCUCUUCGCCAGACAGAGGAUACCAAAAAUUUUCAGUCCAAGAUCUUCCUGUCGUACUGAUAAAGCCCGUGGCCAGCCAUCAUGUCUGUUAACGUCAACCGCAGCGUGUUGGACCAGUUCUACCGUUACAAGAUGCCCCGUAUAAUCGCCAAGGUGGAAGGCAAGGGGAAUGGGAUAAAGACUGUCAUAGUCAACAUGACCGACGUUGCCAAGUCUCUGAAUAGGCCUCCCACGUAUCCCACCAAAUUUUUUGGUUGUGAGUUGGGUGCCCAGACCCAGUUUGAUGCCAAAAACGACCGCUUCAUCGUCAAUGGGUCCCACGAGGCGAACAAGCUGCAGGACAUGCUGGACGGAUUCAUCCGGAAGUUUGUUCUGUGUCCCGAGUGUGACAAUCCCGAAACCGACCUGCACAUCAAUGCCAAGAAACAAACCAUUGGGAACUCCUGCAAGGCUUGCGGCUACAGGGGCAUGCUGGACACGCGACACAAGCUCUGCACGUUCAUCCUCAGGAAUCCACCAGAGGACACUGGGUCUGCCAAGAAGAAGGAGAAGAAGAGCAAGAAGAAGGACAAGGAGAACGGCUCCAGUGAUGGCGAAGCCGCAAACCACAAUGACAUAGACGCCCCCGAUGCUGUGGACCGAGACGACGAUGAUGAGGACUGGGCGGAGGAGACGACUGAGGAGGCCCAGCAGCGCAGGAUGGAGGAGAUCAGCACGCACGCUAAGAACCUGACCCUCAGCGAGGACCUGGAGAAGCCCUUGGAGGAGAGGGUCAACCUCUUCUACAACUUUGUCAAGCAUAAGAAGGAGGACGAUGCCGUCGACUCCUCGGACAAAGAGAUCCUGGCGGAGGCGGAGCGUCUGGACGUGAAGGACACGGCCCCGCUGAUCCUGACUGAGCUGCUGAUGGACGAGAACAUACGCGACCAGAUCAAGAAGUACAAACGUCACUUCCUCAGAUUUACCCACAACAACAAGAAGGCCCAGAAGUACCUGCUGGGUGGCUUUGAGUGUCUGGUGAAGCUGCACCAGUCCCAGCUUUUGCCCCGCGUGCCCCUUGUCCUCAAAGACCUGUACGACGCCGACCUACUGGAGGAGGACGUCAUCCUGGCCUGGGCUGAGAAGGUGUCCAAGAAAUACGUGUCCAAGGAGCUGGCCAAAGAGAUCCACGCCAAGGCAGCGCCGUUCGUCAAGUGGCUGAAGGAAGCAGAAGAGGAGAGCGAGGGCAGCGGGGCGGACGAGGAAGAAGAUGAAGAUAAUGUGGAGGUGGUCUACUCAGCCUCUGUCCGCGAGCUGAAAGUGGAGACUGUGAAACCAGAGAAGCCUGCAGAGGAAGAGGACGACUUUGACAUCGACGCCAUCUAAAAACAAAACUUAACAAGCCUCCACCGACAUGUUUUGCAAGCACUCUGGCGAUUAUGAUGAAAAUAAUAACAGCAUGCCUUUGGUCCUGGUCGACCCUCACCCCGCCUGCUGCUUUGGCUACCAUCCAGCUUUGCGAGAUGAAUCUAUUUACUUUGCGCUAGAUGAAGUGAUGAGAUGUUGUGUUUGUAUAUGGAUGAAGAGUUGUUAUUUUUUGGUUGAUACUAGAGACUAAAUACAAAUGCUGCAUUUGUUUUCUCCCUGAAAUAUUUUCCUCUCCAAUCAUUAAAUAAUGUUUGCCUUA